CAAAACAAUUUAAUAUUUUUAUUGUGAAAGAAUCAUAUUAAAAUAAUAUAAAAUUCUUAUUGUAUUAAUAAUUGUAACUUAUUUCCUGUUAUAUUAAUAACGUUGAAAAUAAUAUUAAAAUGAUAAAAAAAAAAAAUUUGAAACUUCAAGAAAUUUAUAAGAAAACAUAUUGAAACCAAUUAUCUAAAAAGUAAUAUAUAAUUUCGCGUUCCAUUAUAUUCCGUAAUAUUAUAAUUUAAAACGAAAAUUUUAAGUAUAUUCAAAUGCAAAAGUAGUAACUUUAAUUAUUUUAUUUAGUUAGGUCCAAUUUUGUAUUUAAAAUUUGAAAAAAUAUUAAUAUGUUCACACAUUUGUGCUGUAAUCUAUUCUAUAUCUUAUUUGUGAUUUCAUUCAUUUUAUAAUUGAAUUUGUUUGUACUUAUUGUCUAGGUAUAGCUACUAUGGAAUUCACUGUUAUUGCACAAACUUGAUAACAUAAAUUAUGUUAUCUGCUGAAUAUGUUUCUAUUGAUCUUUUAACCUCACGUGAUCAUACUUAUAACUUGAACAUUUUUUACAUAUAUUUUUUUCAUAUGAAUAAAAAUAUCUUAUUUUUAUUAUUAAAAUUAUAUAAAUUGGAAUUUUUAUAUUUAAAUAAAAUUUAAAUAAAAUUAUUUAUAUUAACUAAUUGUUUUCGUACAUAUUAUAUAAUUUUUUUUAAAUUUUUUCAUAAAAAUUAUGCAAUAUUUUUAAAAUUUUACUUACUUUUAAAAUUUAUUAAAAAAUUUUUCUUAAAUAAUUUAAACUAAUUUAAAAUUAAUUAAUUAAUUAAUCUCUUUUUAUAUAGAUAAUAUAAUUAUUUAAAAUACAAAAUUUAUUCUUAUUAUUUACAUUGAUAUAUUAUUUAUUAAAUUGAUUAUCAAAUUAAAAUUAACAAAUAUAUUUAUAAAAUAUAUCUAUAUAUUUUUAUAUCACUAUAUUCAAUUCGUAACAGUUUGAAUUGUAUGAUGAUGAAAUGUAUAUUCUACGAUAAGAAUUAUUGAUAAAAUAAUAUAUGCUAUUUCAUAGAAAUAUUUUAAUUCAUUAAAAUCACGCGUUUCGUUUAUAUGAAACUCUACCAGGAAACUUUUCGUACUUACUUAUAUUAGUCAAAAUUGAAACGUUCAAGUGCACGAUAAAAAUUUAUUAAGGUUAAGCUCUUCGAUUGUUUUAAAAUUGAAAAAUAUAACUCGAUAUGGCAAAAGUAAUAGCACAAAUGACAAAAUACACUGUAAGAACAUUUCCACGUAUUUCGAGAAAAAGCUUAUUUAAUAUUUCUGCUAUAAAAAUAUCGUUACAUGUUUCACGUUCCAUUACUAGUACUCGUUGUUUAAAUAUCAAAAGAUUAUACACGGAAAAACAUGAGUGGAUAACAAUUAAUGGUAAUGUAGGUAUAAUUGGAAUAUCCAAUUAUGCACAAGAAGCAUUGGGAGAUGUUGUUUAUGCUCAGCUUCCAGAUAUUGGAUCUGAAAUAAAAAAAGAAGCUGAAUGUGGAGCUUUAGAAUCAGUGAAAGCUGCUUCUGAAUUAUUUAGCCCUGUAAGUGGAAAGGUAGUAGAAAAGAAUGAAGCAGUUGAAAAAACACCUAGUUUAAUUAAUACUUCUUGUUAUGAAAAAGGAUGGUUAUUUAAAGUAGAAUUAAGUAAACCUGACGAACUAAAAAGUCUGAUGAAUGAGGAAGCAUAUAAUCUAUAUUUAAAAUCUGAUCCAUCAUGAAUAUAAUAUAUUUUCUAUAUGUAUAUGAAAAUAAUUAGUAAUGAUUUAAUUUUUAUCAUUUUCAAUUGUUUAUCAUUAAUGAAAAAAGUGUGAACAUUCUUAUUUAUUUUAAAUCUUAUAAUAAUCAUGCAUGAUGUUUUAGUAGUUUAAUGUUAUAUUAAUCAAAUGUGAAAUAAGUACAAUUUACAGUUGUUUAAUUAAGCAAAAAAAAAUAGUGCCUUUAUAAAUUAUAUUAAUAUAACAAUUCAAUAUAUUGUACUUCUGAUUUUAUAUCUUAAAAUAUAAAAAAAUAAUUGUUUUAAAUUUUGUUUUAUAUUGUAAUAAGACAUAAUUUUAUAUAUAAGAUUAGGCAAUAUGAUUAAUAAAUUUAAUAUAAAAAUGUAAACAUUAUGAAUUAAAAAUAUGAAGAUGUGUGCAGUAGUUAGCUGAUGUCUUUAUUAACCACUGUGCAUUUUCUUAUGUUGUUAUCAUAUUUGUACAAAGCAAACAAAUGUUUUAAUAUACAUGUUAUUCGGUAUACGAAUGACACCAUUGUUACAAAUUAUAAUAAACUUUGUGUUGUACAUAAACGCAUUUAAAUUAUAAUAACUUGUAUGUAUAAAGAAAUAAUUGAAUGUUUUGAAAUACUAUUUGUAAAUUUCUGAAAA